UGUUUAGAUAAUCCUAGUGCAGAGCAGAAAGAAGAGUUCAAGUUUGAGAUCGAGCAGAUGAAGCUGUUGGGAUCACAUCCGAAUGUCGUUUCCUUCGUUGGAUGCUGCACGCUUCAGGAUGAGAAGUUUCUAGUGAUCGAGUAUGUUCCGUUUGGAGACCUGCUAACGUGGCUACGUUGUGUAAGGAAAAAGGUAAGGAAAUGAGAAAAAAAAAAUCAAUUUACUUUAAACAAGCGACACUGAAAAGAAAACAAAAAGAAUCAGUAAAUAAAUCAAGUGUUAAAUCUAGAUUACCACAUUUCCGCACUUAAAAAAAAAAACAACAACAACAACAAAAAAAAACACACACACACAUACAUAGUUGCAUACAAAACGUAAUUUCCAAAACUGGGUUUCUAGCUUCAAGUUUUCGUUUCUGAACGUUUUGGAGCUAUAAUGAGGGACAUUAUUGGAGUGUUGAGAUACUUUUAUAAAAUGGCUCUUUUUUCCAUAGCGGACAAUCUCCAGUACCCCAACCCUCCCUCAAUGCUGCAUUUUAAACCCUCAAAUCUUUCUUCAACUUUGGACAACAGUCAUACACGCAUACAUUUAUUGAACACAUCCCCAUCUGGGGCUCUUCAGUGAUCAAAUAGGAUUACAAACUUAUAAAUUUACUGGAUUACUUAUAAAUCGAGCGACCAUCUACAUUUAUGUGAUGAAUGAAUGAAUGAAUGAAUGAAUGAAACUGUUGAAAAAAACGCCCGUUUUAGACUAGUGUGUCAGAUACUUUUCUCACCUAUUGUAGAAUAAGGUCAAUAAGCUUGGACACAUUUAUGUACGUUUGUUGCCACGAGAACAGAAUAUGACGCUACAAGUAGCAUGAGUGCGGGCAAUUGCAAACCACAAGAGCGAGAUGUACUCAUUUUUUGAUGUGGGUGAAUUUUUAGGUCUACAUUCACCAAGCCUCCAAGAAAAUAUACGACAACAAAGAAGAUUUGAAAGAUGAAGGGGCCGCCAAACAUCAAGUAGGUGUAAAAUAAUCACAUGCUUUGAUACCACUAAGAAACAUGUCUAAAAGGACAACAAAACGGUUUUUGCGGACAGAUGUGGGCAGUUUUUUGAGUGCCAUAUAAAGACCAUUUUCGCAUGCAUCUCUACCCUACAGCACCCUUCCUUUUGGCCUUUCUUUCAAUCAUCUAGUUAUGCACAUAAAUGUAAGAGCUUAGCUAAGACAACGAUUAUGGCAUGACAUUUUCGAGUGCAACAUUAGCCAGGCUAUCAUCAAACGACAAAUAACAUUCUAUCCAACAAUGCUUUGGAUCGAAACCCACAAACCAUGAGUGAGGUUGGUGAUACACCAAUCACUAACAACUACGGUGGUAAAAAUAGUCCGACUCAGUCAAUCGACACUAUCGCCUGAUGAACUGACCUGCAGUGUGCGGUCGAAACGUCGUCAUCAAAAUCAAAGUGACAAUCGUGACAUAAACGAUAAACUAAACCCUUUAUACACAUUAUUUACGAUGAUUAAUAUCUUUCAUGACAUAUACCUUUUGUUCAGUUUCUUAAUAUUUGACUAUAUCUUUUUUCAUUCUGUACAAUUUAGGAUUUUCACUUGUUCUCACCACUUUGUGACUUUCAAGUCUGAGACUUUCAAAGAUUAACUAGACAAUAAGGCCCAAAUACUUAAAGGAAGUCUAACUUAAGCAGCGGUGAAACUGCAAUAAGCGUGAAAGUCUCUUGGCCUUUAAUAACAACACCACAAACCAUAUUCGAAUGAAGAUUUAUUGUAACCGACGUGCUUAAGUGGUACUUGAAAUAAAAUGCGUGGUACAAAGAGUGUGGAUACAAACGGCGUGGGUUGAAACUAAAACAGUAAAAGAGCAAAAACGUAUACAAUUUCUUGCGACUAAGGAAAAUCAGAAUGUAGGCUGAAUAACAAAAACUGCACAAACGAGGACUGUGAAGUACACUUACAUUAUUUCGGCCAGAGAAAACUGCUGUGAAGCGGACUACGAAUAACGCGAAGAGACCUGCAAGAACUGUAAACAGAACUGCGCUUAGUGAGGACCAAAAUAAACUGUACAAACUGUACUGCAAAACUACGACAUGAAAAAUACGCUAAAACAUGCGGAAAAUAAAACUAUAGAAACUUAGAAAGGAGCUAAUGAUGAAACAGCAAAGAAACGGUAACGAGGGGGCGAAAAUUGACAGAAAGGAAUAAACACCAAAAUUUACGAAAAACAAACCAAACAAAAGGACGAAAAGAAGUAUAAACUAAUUAGCGUACGCAAACGAAAAACAAAUGACGCAAAAACGAAUAAUAGAAAAAAUGCUACACUUGGAUCUUACACGCGGUUUAACGAAUCUUUGAACCUCCAGAUCUCUUCUUUGGUGGGUUGUUUUAAGAAGAUAAAUGCUUGUCUAGUCUUCUCUAUAUGCUUUACGCUUUCAUAAAACUGUUCACAAUAAAUGAUGGUUAGAUAAAAUCGUUGGGCAAAUUGAAAAUGACUUAGAACGCGGUUUUGUUUAACACUGGCUAAACUACGCUUAAAUAUUUGGCCCAAAUUGUUUUGGGUUUUACAAACUUAACUAUGUAACAUGCCUUAACCCUAUUCAGACUGGGCUUUUUUGGUCAAUCUGUGACUUGGGGGGGCUCCUCGGACCCCCCCUCUGUAUCUCUGGAACCAAUAAUGCUAGGGUCAUGAAAUUUACACACAAUGAUCAUCUCCGUACAAAGAAACCACACACCUAGUUUUGACUUGCCACGCCCAAUGAUGACGUCACAGUGACGUCAUAUUCCGAUUUUUCAAUGUUUCUUAUUAUUUUUCCACUUAGAUACAUAAAAUAUCAAUAAUAUUGGUAAAGUCAUCUCUUUGUUAUCCUUUCUUAUGAACUAGUAACAAGGAAACACUUGUACAGCGAGAAAAAGCAAUAGGAAGCAAUAAAAUUUAAAUUUUGAAAUGGUUGUCUGCCAUCUUGGAUCCGCCAUCUUGGAUUUCCGUUUUUUUGUUAAAAUUUUAAUUUAAAGCAACUUUCAAAGGGGAAAAAGCUCAGAAUGUAUAAAAGAAGUAUCAAACUAAUGUUUAUUACCCAAACAAAUGACUUUGGAAGUGUUAUUUGGAAAAUAGAGCAGCAUAUUUGUCAAAGCAAAAAAAAAGUGACAAAUUUUACCCCACCCUCCCCCAAAUAUUCGAUGUUGAAACAUUUUGAUGUAAUUCAAAAACUAGUCUCAAGCAAAGACCAUUUUAACAACAAAAAGCACUAUAAGUGUAAAAACGCGAUCUUAAAACAAAAAAAUCACCAUUUUUUAGAUUUUCCAAAACCUAUGUGUCAGAAACUGGUUGCCAUGGCAACAUGAUUAAUCACAUGGACAUGGUAAUUAUACCAAAAUGUUCCUAGAUAAAUUUUAGGAAAAGUCAGAAAAUUUGAACGUCAUAGCUCUUUCGGUGUAGGAGUUAUCACGAUUUUGCCGCAGGGGGUUCAAAAGCCCCCAGUCUGAAUAGGGUUAACGUACUUUUGAGCAUCUAUGGGAAAAAGCGCUAUUUAAAUUAUGACGAUUAUUGUUAUUAUUUUUAUCGUUAUCGGCAUUAUUAUUUUUAUUAUUGUUAUUAUUAUUUUUUAUUAAUUUAAAUUAUUCAUUUUUCCAGGCAUACUCGGUGGUUGUAAAGUAAAAAAACAUUCAAAUCUUUCUUUAUUUCACCCUAAGGUGACAGGUAAAGAAGACGAAAAACAAAUGAUGCUGGAAUUCAUAUCGAUAAUACAAGAUGACGAUGAGGAUAAGAUGGUGUGUGAGAAUGUAAAGAAGGAGCAGGCACAAACAAACGUGGAAAUGAUUCCAUUGUUACAAGAUUACGAUGAGGUCGUCAAAGAGGGCGUGGUGUUGAAUUCUCCGAAUCUCUCUGACGUAAGAAGGAAAUACCAAAAUCAUUAUCAUUUUUUAACCUUUUUCUUUUUUAUUUAUUUUAACGAUUUUUUAUGUCACACACAAAAAAGGAAAAAAAAAAAAACAAUACAAAACAAAUAAAUAAAUGAAUGAAAGAAAGAAAGAAACUUAAACUGGAACUCCAUCACCCGUGUUCUUUUGGUGUAUUAGGAUGUUAUAGUGACUGCCUUAGACCAUAGGGGUUGAACGCUCAUAUUGUUGUUCAAAACACAAGUCCAUAAUCUAUUUAUGUUGACUCCGGGUAGGAGAAGUACAUUUUUGAGACAAUAGUGCCUAAUAAACUAGUCGAUUGCUAAGGAAUUUUUUCAUUUUAGAAGAGAAACUUUCAUAAACAGUACUUUUUGUAACACUGUUUCGACAAGUGUUCCAAAGGGCUUUUAUUGAAGUUAUCAGUCCCAAUUACUUGAACGGACAGACUUGGGCUCUUUCUUUAAUUUUAAGUCUGAAAAUUGUUCCAACUAGAAAAUUAUUCGAUUUAUCUUUUAAGUGUUUAACUUUGGUCACCCCUUUGCCAGGAACCAAUCGGGGCAAAAAAUUUGGCGGUCAUUUUAUCCUUAUCAUUGAAUUGUGCCAAAUGUUUUGCUCAACAAAUUGUAUUUCACUUGUCAUUUGGCUGUCGAAACAGAAGGGGGGGGUAACUCUAUUGUUUUCCACCUAAGUUUCUUGACCCACUCUGCUUGCCAGUAUGACGUCACGUAGUAACGAGCAAGAGGCUCGGGUCGCUUGUGCAAAUUAGCAAGGGAUACGACAGUUAUGUGGACGAGCGAGGUCGAGGAAAAGCUAAGAAGCAAGCAAAUAUCGCUAUAUGUCGCUUAUUUGAUCGAAUGUGUGUGAGCUUUGGUGUUGCUAUAAUCUCCUUGUGUAAACUGUUUUGAUAUUUGUGUCCAUGAUUGUAUAAUUUUGUUAAUUUGUUUUGCUGGCCGUGUUGCGGGAUCGCCAUCUAUUUCACGGGACCGACAAGGUCAUCAAAACUUAAUUUUUUUUUCUCUAAAAUAGGCAAGGUUUAGUCUCCAGAAUAGGAGGUUCCAUUCACAGAUCACACAUGUUUAUAUUUCAUCUAGAUUCUUUUGCUAAUUAAACGGGCCUAACUUCAUAUCAUUCCUUUCGAGUGUGUGCCUCUGUUGAUCUCCUAAUUCUCCACCAAAUUCAGUAAAGCCAGUUCGAUCGAUUAUCUACAUCAAGUCGGCCCGUUGUACCCGAAAUAAUGCGAAAUAGCUUUGAAAUACGCGCUUAAGCUAAUUUUCCGCAAACGUAUAUUUGAAUUCAUGAUAAAUACAGCUCCACCAGCUUCAAACAGCGUCUAUGGCAGAGAAAAAUUGUUUGGAUAUGACAAAAUUAAUUUUUCAGAUCACGUGUGUCAUUGUGGUGCAGUCGUCAGGGAAUUACUUGCUCCUGCAGAUAAACCGGAGUCGACUCCCGGCGACGCUGUUUUCUGUUUCUUUGUACUUUUUUUUUUCUGUUUGGUCUCUUUUUUAAACACUAAUUUUCCUUUUUGGCAUUUUUUCUUUAUUCUUACUGCUGAUCCCGCUGGUCAUGCACUUGGAUCAAUAUAUAUUUUAAGCUCAAGUCCAGAGUUUUACUUUGGAAAAGGGAUUUCAAAAGCUCUUGAUCUGCAUACUAGCCACGCUUACGACCAGAAAAAAGCCAUAAGCUGUCAAGACAUGUCUCUCCUCUGAAACAGAUGAAUUUUUUUUUCAAUGUUAGUUGACAUCGUGACAAACAACACACAGUACACCACAAAGUGUACUAAUUUACACCCAACACCUACCAGUGGUGACCCACUGGCGAAAGUUAAUUGCCUUCUGUACAUCGUCUUAAUCAUCAGUCUUAUUACCCUUAAAUCUCCACUGGGUUUGCCCCCAAAAAAUAAUUCAACGAAACCUUUUAUUGGGUUUCGGGCUUUAAUUGCAGAAUUACAGGUUUAUGCCCAAUACAGUAUUAAAAUGCGGUAAAGCAACGAGAUUCAAUGCUCACAGUCUCUCACAAAUACCUGUCAUUUAGCUUCCUCUUUCAACGCUACAGGUAAGCGAACUUUGAGAGGAAUGAUAUGGGGUUCCACUAGCUCCGAAGAACUGAAAAUACGCACAAUGUAAAGUAUAAUACAUCCUUUUAUGAACCUCCUAUUGCUGUGUCUAAACUCCUCAAUCUUGCUGUGCACUGGCCCUCAAAAGUGUGAUCGGUCGGUAUGAUUGCUCGUAAAAUUUGCUCGACAUUUUGAAAGUCCCUGACGCGAGAAGUGACGUCAUACUGUAUCACAGAUUUCCUUUGAGACACCUCCCCACCUCUGCUUCUGCCCAAAGAGUAACUACUUCUUUGAUGAAACAUUUUUUUAAGUGAGAAAACGGCCAAUGCAGUUUGUUUAUAUAUCAGGGGCCUCCUUCAAUGACCAAAUGUUUUAGAAGCCUGUUUGGUUAAUUUGGAGCUGCCCUAAGAAUGACUGAUUUAUCUGUUAGGAUGUCUCAUGGGGAACUUUGGCCUUUUUUAACUUUUCAACAGAAAAUUCUAGUAGAAAAUUCUAGCGUAGUAUUCCUUAAUUUAAAAAAAAAAAAAUGGAGGAAGUGAACAAAGCUGAUUUCCUUUCUUUAUACCUUACACCUCUAAUCUGGUACAUACUGGUUCUUCAUCAACGUCGUCUGUAAGUACAUGUCAUCUUAUAAUAAAACUAGCCAUGAUUACAACUUUCAAGAGCGCCACACUACCUUCAAGUUACUUCGAACCUUCUUCGUCGCGCGUGUCUCGCGUUCUUCACUCGCUUCGCGCUUGCCUUCCUUCGUCCGAAAAACGCUAAUAAAUAAAGCCUGUACGUUCUCCGGUUUAUCUUGAGGCGUUGAAUUUUAUUUAUUUGUUUAGUAUAAGGGAUUAAAAGAGUCCAGAAGAGAACCUAAAGACAUGUCAAAUAUCCCACCAGUGGAUAGUCAGCACGCUGCCGCCACGCCCCUACUCCUUGACGAAGAUCCAGAUGACGAGGAGGAAAGCUUUUCUACUCAACAACUGUUUAAAUUUGCUUGGCAAAUAGCAAAGGGAAUGGUAGGUAUUAUUCCUUUAGAUUAGAUUACAACGAUCCAGCUAUUGCCUAUCGCACCAGAGAAUGUUAGCGUACUUCGACCUAUGUGAGGUAAUCUGGAUUCCUGAAUACGAGAAAUUUUUGUUUGUGUUAUCCGGAAUCCUGGGCGUUGGAAUCCGUAAUUAAGGUCAAGGAAUCCGGAAUCCCGCUGACGAUUGGAAUCAAGGGCCCGGUUCCUGAAAGGUCAAUCAGAGCUAAUCCAGGAUGAAAAUUUUGUUCACUUCAUUUUUGUAUUCACUACCUAAUGAUCCUGUGUAUUGCGUAGAGGAACAAAUUGUGUUAUCAUUACUGUAUCUCGAAGUAAGGGCUCAACAGUAUUUUUUAAGCUCGAAUUGCGUGUCCUUAGCUAGAAAAGAAAAUCUUGCUCAAAAAUUGUAUUGAUCCUGGGUUAAACAUAACCAUGUUUCGAGGAACUGGGCCGUGAUGAGCAUGAUCAUAAGCUCUUCCUUCUCUUAGUUUUUUGUCCAUGAUCCAGUGGUAAUGGUUUAUUUCUCUUUCUCAAUUUUUGUAAUUAGAAUCAUCUCGCCGAAAAAAAUCUUGUUCAUAGAGACCUUGCAGCUCGCAAUAUCCUCGUUGGAUAUGACAAUCGAGUGAAAGUGUCUGAUUUUGGGUUGAUGCGACAAAUCUAUCAAGAUGUGAAUAACUCAGAAAAAUCCAAGAAACUUCCUGUUAAAUGGAUGGCUCCAGAAUCACUUUAUAAUGGCACUUUUACCAUCAAGAGCGACGUGUGAGCAAAAAUUUUCAAUUAAAACAUAGCUGACAUAGAAUGCAUUAGCUUAGAUAGCCUUUUAGUAAUAUUACAUGGAGCCCAGGCUCAUAACAGCCUCCUGAUGAAACCAAAUUAAAAUGAUUAUUUCAAUUAUGGGAGUUUAUUGUAAGUUCGAUUAAACGGUUAAAAUGUAUUUAAACAGUCUCAUUGAAGUGUACGAUAGACUCACAAAGAAGUGUCUCUGUGUUGUUUUCUUGUUACCGUUUCCUGCCCUAAGAAAGUUAGGAAAGUGUAUGGAAACAACACAGAGAACCUUUUCUUUUAUAGAUAUCCGUGAAACCAUGGUUGACCAUUUUCAUUCUUGGUCUUAAUUUACCUGAGUGAUCGUGGUUAACCAUGUUAAUUCAUGCAUGUUUUUCAUUCAAUCCUGCUUCCAAUUCAUGACCACGUUUGGCCAUGUUAAAACAUGACUUUUUAGCGAUGGUGUUCUGUCGUAAUUUGUAAGAAUUUUUGUAAUUUUUAAUAGCUGUCGUAAUUUGUAGUACCACCUGUCCCAAGGUGUAAGAACUUUGUCCUAAUUUGUAGCAACACUUUGUCGUAAUUUGUAAUAUUAAAGCAAAGCUAAACGUAAUUUGUGAUAACUUUUUCGCGAUUUGAAAUAAUAAGCAUUUUUGAUACUUUUAAAUACAAAGGCUUGUUUUUCGAGUGGUUUCUGAUCGCCAAGGAAACAGUACAAGGUUGAUAAAAAAAAACCCGCUCUUCUUUUAGGAACCUGUUAACUUUUUUAAAUAAAAAUUUUGCAUUAAAAAACGAAUAAGGGUAAUCUGAGCAAGCGAUCUCAGACUCCAAUCCCUGCCUAUAUCAGAGAGCAGUUUGACCAUGGUUGACCAUAGCAGUGCAAUUUAAGGUUCAUGGCUGACCAUGGUCAAAUAAUGGUUAUAUGAAUGCCACACCAACGGUAGACUAUGGAUGGAAACCGUGUUUAGCCUUGGUAAAACCAUGGUUAAACAUGGUCUAAACAUGGUUCUUUUGCCGGUGUAAGAAAUGAAAUAUGUACAUUUUAAUGACUGUUUAUGUGUGUUAAACCGUUUUAUUGAACUUAAUUACGAUAAGUAUUAAUUCCCAUACAAAUCCUUAAAAUUUGGCUACAAGGUGGCUGUUGUGAGCCUCGGACGCUCUGUGGUGAUACGUUCUUAUCCCCAACGGCCACAUAAUGUGUGUGCAACUUUUUUCUAAGUUAUCAAACAUCAAAAAAUUUCAUUAACACUGAAUAUUGUGCUUGAAACAAGUAUUUUAACAUUAUAUCUAUGAGCUGAUUUAUCGUUAACAGCCUUUGUUGUUUUCUCUCAUAGCUGGUCCUACGGUGUCCUCUUGUGGGAAAUGGCCACAUUAGGUAUGAAUACUUAUCUAUUUACUCAUUACAACUGCUUUCUGUGAAUUAGCCUGCGUGUCGACAGGCGUUCGAUAGAGAAAGGAAAAGGGGAAUAAUUUUCUCGUUCCAAAUUCUAAGUUAACUCGAACAGAGUUAACACAUGAUGACGGGAAAUCGCUGUCAAAAACGUACUUUUCAUCUUUUUAUGAAUAACUGUUUUUUUUUCCUUCUGUGAAAUUUAGGAGGAGUGCCAUAUCCCACACUGACCAACACAGAGCUGUAUCGGCUUCUCACCUCCGGUUAUCGUAUGGAGAAGCCUGACAUGUGCUCCGAUGAAGUGUAA